AAAUCUAUAUAUAUAUGCACACUCCCCUGACUCCAUUUAUCCAUCCCAGUAGUAGCUGUAUCCAUCCAUCCAUCCAUCACUCAAAACUCUUUUUAAGAAAAUUAAGAAACAAGUCAAAAAGAUGAGGUUGUUAUGGGUGUGUCUGUGUGUGUUAACAAUGGUGAAUGUGGCCAUGGGUGCAGCUCCAAGAAAGGCAGUAGCUGUGCCUUUUGGUAGGAACUAUGUGCCCACCUGGGCAUUUGACCAUAUCAAAUACUUCAAUGGUGGUUCAGAGAUUCAGUUGCUUCUGGAUAACUAUACUGGAACUGGGUUCCAGUCUAAGGGAUCUUAUCUGUUUGGCCAUUUUAGUAUGCAGAUUAAAAUGGUUCCUGGUGAUUCUGCUGGAACUGUCACUGCCUUUUAUCUUUCAUCUCAAAACUCGGAGCAUGAUGAGAUAGAUUUUGAGUUCUUGGGGAACAGAACAGGGCAGCCUUACAUUUUACAGACCAAUGUGUUCACCGGCGGCAAAGGUGACAGGGAACAACGUAUCUAUCUUUGGUUUGACCCAACUAAAGCUUACCACUCCUACUCUGUUCUUUGGAAUAUGUACCAGAUUGUGUUUUUUGUGGAUGAUAUACCAAUCAGGGUAUUCAAGAAUAGUAAAGAUUUAGGGGUAAGAUUUCCAUUUAACCAACCAAUGAAAAUCUACUCAAGCUUAUGGAACGCUGAUGACUGGGCAACAAGGGGUGGAUUAGAGAAGACCGAUUGGUCAAAGGCACCAUUCAUCGCCGCAUACAAAAACUUCCACGUGGACGGCUGUGAAUCAUCUGUGAAUGCUAAGUUUUGUGCAACCCAAGGCAAAAAAUGGUGGGACCAAAAGGAAUUCCAAGAUCUUGAUGCUUAUCAAUGGAGACGUCUCCGAUGGGUUAGAAAGAAGUUCACUAUCUACAACUAUUGUACUGACCGGAAAAGGUUCCCGACAAUGGCACCGGAAUGCAAGAGAGACCGUGACGUCUAAGUUCUUGUGUAUGUAUGAUGUAUAAAUGGGUAAACGGAGAGCGAUUCCAGUUCAAGCUAUCGGAAAAUGUUGUUGGACCCUUAUAUUUAUAUCAUUUAAUUUGAGUCUUAUUAUAUAUAUGUUUAUGUGUAAUGGGCCAAAUUCUAAGAUUGGAGUUAUACAUUAUUACGAUGAAAUCCACCAUCCCAUGUUACAAUCUUAUGAUAUAUGUAAUCCUAUGAAGUCAUUGCUCA